GUGGCUGUGGGACAGUGUUAAAAAGGCAGAGGCACAAAGUGAGUGGACACAGUUGCAGUCACCUAGGACCAUGACCGAGAGACCACGCCGGCGCUCCGACGGGCUUCUGCUGGCCUUGGUCCCGUGUCUGGCCCUGCUGCUGUGGCUAGACUGCUGCCCUGCCGCCGCUGCCGUCCAGAAGAAUCGUUGUGACACGCCGGCUGCGAUCACCACCAAGCAGUGCAACUCGUGCCUAAAGCUCCGCAACUGCCCGGUGGGCUUCAAGCUGAACGGUUCGUCGGCAGGGAGACAGGACUGCAGGUAUAUUUUUAAUCCCCUUUCCAAAAUCUCGGUGUCACUCGUGGGCUGCUCUUACGAGUGCUACAAGGAGGUUCUGGAGCCUCAGUGCUGCCCAGGGCACUGGGGUUAUGACUGCCUCGAAUGUCCCACUUUCAACAAGCAGCCAUGUGGUAACAACGGAAUGUGUUCAGAUGGCAUAACAGGCAACGGGACCUGCAGCUGUAAUUCAGGAUUUGUGGGCACAGCUUGUGAGGACUGCGAGGAGAACCGGUAUGGGCCCACCUGCAGUUCAGUCUGCAGCUGUGUCCAUGGUAUUUGCAACCGCGGGAUCAACGGCGAUGGCAGAUGCACCUGUUUCUCAGGAUACAAGGCUCCGGAUUGUACCCAAGAGCUCCCCAAAUGUGCAGCCUUGGGUUGCUCCAGUAAUGGUCGCUGUAUCGAGGAUGCCCACACGGGUGUGCUGGCCUGCCGGUGUCUGCCGGGUUACGAGGGGGACGGGACCCGGUGCACACCGAUCAACCCCUGCAUGCAGAAGGUGUGUCACCAAAAUGCUGUCUGCUCCAUCCUGGGCCCAAAUCAAUACUCAUGCACCUGUGCUGAGGGUUACCAGGGUGACGGAAAGGUGUGCAUGCCCGUGGAUCCAUGCCAAACUAACCUAGGGGGAUGCCCGGUGGACUCCACUCGUUGUGUGUACGAUGGUCCUGGGAAGUCGCACUGCGAGUGCCAGGAUGGCUUUGAAAACCUGGUUCCAGGGAUCGGCUGCAGCCUGACGGAUAUUUGCCAGCCUUCCUCCUGUGACAAAAAUGCCAACUGCACCACCAUAAAGCCUGGAGUGGUGGAAUGCAUAUGUCACGAGGGUUACCGUGGCGAUGGGAAGACCUGCUAUGGCAACAUCAUGCAGCAGCUUCAGGAACUGAACACAAAUCCAAAGGGGCAGUGGUGCAACCAGCUGACAAACGCCAUUACACUGUUCAAGUCAUCCUUGUCCUGGCCUCUGUCUUCACUGGGUCCUUUCACCAUCUUUGUCCCCAUAAACAAAGGAUUCAAAGGCACAUCGGUGAAGACCCUGGUGGCGGACCAGGUAGGAGCACGCUACCUGAGCAAGCUGCACAUGGUGGCUGGGGAGCUGACUCUGGAAACCCUGAAACGGGGUGACGUCUUCUACACCUUGACCGGAAAGUCUGCCGAAAGCAUAGUCUCAGAUGGGGACCAGUUGGUCAAAAUACGAAUACAUGGAAGUAGGAAGAAAGGCGACGUACUGGAUUCAGACAUUUUAGCUUCCAAUGGAGUUAUACACAUUAUCAGCAAGCUGAUGGACAGUGUAGCACCCACAGUCAAGAGCGAAAAAGAGGAGAAUCUGAUGAAAAUUCUGACAGAUAAUGGGAAAUUUUCCAAAUUUAGGGAUCUAUUGGAGAGAUCCAACAUGGCACACUUAUUGGAUGAUCCAAGCCCUUAUACCUUAUUUGUCCCCACUGAUGCGGCCAUGAAUGUCAUGAAGGAAGGGUACCUGGAUUACCUCUGCAGUGACCAGGGUAAAGCCAAGCUUCUGGAACUACUGCGGAAUCACAUCAUCCCGUCUGUGAAGCUCGAGGUGGUGAAUAUGGUUUCCACCGAGAGCUUCAUGUCAAUGGCUAAUCAGCCUCUGGCAUUCAAUGUCACAAGUAACGGGCAAAUCCUGGUGAAUGAACAAGCGAUCCUUGAAGCAGAUGUUGAAGCAAAGAACGGGCGUCUGUACUCAGUAGAUGGAGUUUUGAUUCCCUCAUCUAUUGAGCCAGUGUUGCCACACAGGUGUGAUGUCACGAAGUACAGCAUUAUCAAGGGCUUGUGCGUCAGCUGUACCCAGGUGACAAAGUCAAUCUGUCCCUCAGGGGAGCCUCUGAACACAUUUCAAGGAGUUUGCAUCUUCAGAAGAUCAUUUAGGGGUAUAAUCAUUCCAGUCAGCGGCUGCUCUCUGUCCUGUAACCAUACUGAGACCAUACCGCUCUGCUGUGAGGGGUUCUUUGGGCCAGACUGCAGUGCCUGCCCAGGAGGAUUUACCAAGCCAUGUUCUGGACACGGCAAGUGUAUGGAUGGUCUCGAGGGCAAUGGGACCUGUGUGUGUGAUGAGAACUUCAGAGGCUCCCGCUGCCAGUACUGCUCCAGACCAGACAAACAUGGGCCCAACUGCGAUAAAACCUGCCCUUGUAUCCAUGGCCAGUGUGACAACCGUCCCGAGAGUGAUGGUGCCUGCAAGGUGGACAGCUGCCAAAUGGGCUUCACCGGGAGGUUCUGUGAACGCAACACAAAGGCCUGUGGCCCCAACGCGCAGUUCUGCCAUGCUUAUGCCGAGUGCGACUUCAACGAAAAGGCAAAAGGAACAAUUAGGUGCGUGUGUAAACCUGGUUACCAGGGCGACGGAAUCACGUGUGCAGAGAUGGAUUCAUGCGCCCCACCUCACCGCGGCGGCUGCGGUGUCAAUGCAAAGUGUGUUAAAACAGGCCCGCAGACUCAUGUGUGUCAGUGUCUGACUGGCUGGAGGGCAGAUGGGGAUGAAUGCCAGGCCAUCAACAACUGUUUGGAGCCAAACAGAGGGGGUUGCCAUGACAACGCCACCUGCAUUUAUGUGGGCCCUGGACAGAGCGACUGCGAGUGCAAAAAUGGUUUCCGUGGAAACGGACACCAGUGUGAACCCAUCAAUCAGUGUGUGAGCCAAAAUGGUGGUUGCCAUUAUUUGGCUACGUGUCAGUACCUGGGUCCAGGUCACUGGAAGUGUGUGUGUGAGGAUGGCUAUGAAGGGGAUGGACAGAUCUGUUAUGGGACUGUGGCACAGGAGUUGCUGGGUAUUCCAGAAGCUGCUGAGUUCAGCAAAUGGGUGAAUGAUGCCGGCCUCAACCAGAUGCUCUCAGAGACCCAGAACUUCACGUUGUUCCUUCCUUCCUCAAGCGCAGUGGAGAACAUGGCUAAAGAGGAUAAGGACUUCUGGACUGAACAGAGUAACCUAGCCAGCAUUGUGAAGUAUCACAUGGUGCACGGUGUGCAUCAGCUGGUGGAUCUUCGGAACAGGACGUUCCCACCGCAGCUGGCCUCUUUUCUGAAGAACUGGCUUCCCAUUUCCAGAGCCAAUGAGACUAUGAUUGGAGACAGCACAAUUAUUUCAGCAGAUAUUGCAGCGACAAAUGGAUUGAUCCAUGUCAUCGAUUCGGUCUUGGUUCCAAACCGGAAGCUGAGCGAAGGCCUUACUGAACAGCUGAGCCAGAGGCCUGAGUUUUCUAUGUUCAGGCAAUACCUCAUUCAAUAUAACCUGACACAGGAAAUCGAGGAGUCGUCUGCAUACACAGUGUUUGCGCCCACUGACAGCGCUAUCGGGGAAUACCUAAAGAAGACCGGCAACUCUUCCUUGACUGCGAAUAUCACCCGCUAUCACAUCGUCCUGUCAGACAAGCUCAUGCAGAAAGACCUGCGGGAUGGCACAUACUUGACGACCAUGCUGGGCUUCAACUUUCAAGUGGGCAUCUUCCUGAGAGACAACAGACAGGUGUUUGUCAAUGAUGCCCUGGUGAACCUUACAGAUGUGGAGACUGACAAAGGAGUGAUCCAUGGUCUCUCCUCGGUUCUGGAAAUUGUAAAAAACCGCUGUGACAGCGAGCGCUCCUUAUAUACGCUGGAACCCUGUCAGGACUGUUUUUCAAAGAUACCUUGCCCACCUGGAAUGACACCAGUAGUUAGUCGAUUGGGGACCUGUUUGUUCAAACGCACAUUUGAGAGCAAGCAGCUCUUGACCUUGGGCUGCAGAGCGAUGUGCAAAAAGAAAAUUAUUAAAAGGCAGUGCUGCGCAGGGUACUUCGGGGACCAGUGUGAGCCGUGUCCCGGGCCGGUCGGGCUGCCCUGCUUCGGGAACGGAGCGUGCCACGACGGGACCAACGGCACAGGGGUGUGUCGGUGCAGCAAAGGCUUUGACGGGACGGCCUGUGAAUCCUGUCAGACUGGCAAAUAUGGAAUGAGCUGUGACCAAGAAUGUCAGUGUGUGCAGGGCAGGUGCAGCGAAGGGCCACAGGGCACCGGGGCAUGUGAGUGCGACAUGGGCUGGCGUGGUGUGAACUGCGACACGGUUAUUACGCAGGACACCUGCAAAGGAAAAUGUCACACAAGUGCCAACUGUCUGAUGCUACCUGACGGCUCCUCGACCUGCAAAUGCGCUGCCGGGUUUGAGGGCAAUGGCACGUACUGCUCAGUGGUGGAUGCAUGCAAAGACAACAACGGCGGGUGCUCUGCCAAUGCCAUUUGUAAACAGACCCUGCCGGGUAGGAGGCGGUGUGUGUGUCACACAGGAUACACUGGAGAUGGGCUGGUGUGUGUAGAAAUUAACCCAUGCCUGGCGGGCAAUGCAGACUGCCACGUGAAUGCCAUGUGUUUGCAUACUGGACCAAAUAAGGCGGCUUGUAUGUGCCACAAUGGAUACUCAGGAGACGGGAAAACCUGUGCGCCCAUAGAUCUCUGUCAGAAGAGAAACGGCGGCUGCCACGCUCUGGCCCAGUGCGAGAUGACCGGGCCGGACGAGAGGAACUGCAGCUGCAAGGAAGGUUACACCGGAGAUGGGCUGACCUGCAAAGGCACCGUUUUCUCCGAGAUAUUCCAUAACAGGAAACUAAGAGAAUUCUUUUUCCAAAUGACGGUGGUGAGGAUGAAUGAUCUAAGAGGAAAUGGUCCAUUCACAGUCUUUGCUCCCAACACAGAGACCUUCAGAAAAGAAAGUCUGAGAGAGUGGAGAGUUCAGGGAGUUAUGCCUCACAUCCUCCGUAACCACAUCGUCGCGUGUCGCACGCUACACCACGAGGAGUUAAAGACUCCCAGGAAUGUCACCACACUGCAUGGGGAGACGCUAAGCAUCACCUAUUCCCAGGGUGAUAUAUAUAUCAACAAUAAAGCCAAGGUCGUUUUCGCUGAUGAUGUGAGUCUGAAUGGUAUCAUCUACGAGAUUGAUGCUGUCCUAUUGCCAGAGAGUGUACAGAGAGCUCCGAAGGGCGGCGGCGAAGAUCAGGCACAAAACCUCACAGAUUUGGCCAAGGACUUUGGAUAUAAAACUUUCAGUAAAUUGCUGGAGGACACCGGGGUGUUGAAUUUGUUGUACGACCACCUCCAUCAGCCUGUCACGCUAUUCUGGCCUACGGACCGGGCCAUGGACAGCCUUCCCCAGGCACAGAAAGAUUUCCUCUACAACAACCAGAACCGUGCCCAGUUAGUUGAGUACCUCAAAUAUCAUGUGGUUCGCGAUGCUGAGGUGCAAACCAGUGAUCUGGUAUACUCCACUUUGACUACCCUCCAAGGCUCUGAACUCCGGGUCACCUGUGGGGAAGAAGACAGAAUAGGUGACCUCUUUCUGAAUGACAGGAAGUGCAGGAUUGUGCGGAGACAUAUGGCCUUCAAUGGAGGGAUUGCUUAUGGGAUUGACUGCCUGCUGACUCCUCCGAGCCUCGGAGGACGCUGUGACACCACAAACGUCCUUGAGAUCAAGGCUGCAUGUGGGCAGUGUUCCAGAUCUCAGCAAUGUCCCCCAGGAAGUAAACUAAAGGAGAUCAGUAAAUGCGGCCUGCCAAAUCGUAUUACGAACCAAAUGAUGCAGUGUCAAUCCAUAUGCAGCGUGCCCUUCCGGACUCCCAAAUGCUGUCCUGGGUACUACGGUCGAGACUGCUUGGCCUGCCCUGGGGGGCCAGAAUCUCCUUGCGGAAGCCGCGGGAAGUGUGACGAGGGGCACCUGGGGAAUGGCACCUGCACGUGUGACCCCGGCUUCCGGGGUGCGGCCUGUGAGCUCUGCCUCGAAGGCCACUAUGGAUCCUCCUGCCAGACUUGCAACUGCACCGAACAUGGGUCGUGUGAUCGGGGCAGGAUGGGAACCGGUUCCUGCUUCUGCGACCAGGGCUGGACCGGGCCUCGCUGCGAGUCCCAGCUAGCCGCAGAGCCCGCCUGUACCCCGGCGUGCUCGCCCAAUGCCGUGUGCAAGGCGAACAACACCUGCGAGUGCAAGCCGUUUUACGACGGAGACGGAAUCGCUUGUACAGUUGCUGACCUCUGCAAGCUGAACAACGGCGGGUGUUCCAAGGUUGCCAAGUGCACCCAGAAGGGGGUGAAGGUGACUUGCGCCUGUCUCAAAGGGUACCAGGGAGAUGGUCACGCAUGCGCACCCAUCAACCUGUGCUCUGCUGCCGAUGGAGGGGGCUGCCACGAGCACGCAACCUGCACCAUGCUUGGCCCGGGAAAAAAGAAGUGUGAAUGUAAGAGUGGAUACAUCGGUGACGGUGUCACCUGUGAGGUGAAAGAAUUGCCCAUCAAUCGCUGUGCCCAGGACAACGGACAGUGCAAUGUGGAUGCACUGUGCACCGACCUGCACUAUGAAGACAAGAAGAUGGGCGUAUUCCACCUGCGCUCCCCCAAGGGACAGUACAAGCUCACCUACGCCGAGGCGCAGGAUGCUUGUAGGAAGGAUGGCGCUGUCAUCGCCUCCUAUACUCAGCUGUCCUACGCGCAGCAGGCCGGCUUCAGCCUUUGCUCGGCCGGUUGGCUGGAAAACGCCCGAGUGGGCUACCCCACGACUUUCUCCAGCCUCACGUGCGGCUUCGGCCAUGUCGGCAUCGUGGACUACGGCACACGAGCCAAUCUGAGCGAGACCUGGGAUGUCUUCUGCUACCGGGUGAAGGACGUGAGCUGCGCCUGUAAAGCCGGAUACGUCGGCGACGGUUACACCUGCAGCGGAAACCUCAUGCAGGUCCUUGCGUCCAGGCCGAUCUUCUCCAAUUUCCUGUCCCAAAUCAUAAACUAUUCCAGCAGCUCUGAGCUGGGGAAGGAGUUUGUCAAGCGGCUCAGCAAUUUGUCCAUCCAGUCCACCCUGUUUGUGCCGGACAACAACGGACUAUAUGAGAACCAGACACUGUCGACGCGGGACAUAGAGUAUCACCUCUCAGAUGGUGGUGCAGUCUGCUUCCAGGACAUGACCAACGGUACUCGGAUUAGAACCAGGCUGGGUCACAGCCUAAGGGUCCUGGGCAUUGCAAACUUCACCAACCCCAGUGUACUGACACCCAUGCGCUACAUCAAUGACCGCUUCAUUGUUGAAUGGGACAUCUUGGCAUCAAAUGGGAUCAUCCAUGUCCUUCAGGGGCCUCUGCAUGCCCCACCUCCAGAACCAGAGUUCCAUAAAGGACACCAAGUUGGCGUAGGCCUAGGGGUCCUGCUGGUGGCACUGCUUGUAGCCGUGGCAGGGUUUGCUGGAUACCGCUUCUACACUCAAAAUUCCAAACCCUUUCAUUUUCAUUACUUCAAGGAUAAUGAAGACAAUGAUGCAGCGGUGGUGGUGUCAGACCCAAACAUCUCCAACCCUGUGUAUGAGUCGGGCUCCUCCCAAGGGCUUCCUGAUGAAGAUAAACAUCAUGUAGUGGAUGGCGGCGCUUAUGACCUGCUCCAGGACAGCUGAAAUUAACAGUGCUGGUGAAAAUGGUCGGAAGUGUUGAAGAUCCUUCAUGUCUGAUUCCUGCUGUACCUGUCUAAAUGGAAAAAUGGUGGAACCAUGCCAACCUUCUGCAGGCAAGAUGAAGGGAACAAACUGUGGAUAACUCUGAUUAGAUGAAUUUGGUUAAUUUGAAACAUAAGAUCCUCAUAAUUUGAAGCACAUGAACCUUAUGUUUGCACUUAGCUCUCUUGUGCUUUCUUUGACGAUCAUUGUUGCUCAUAGUUUUUGAAGUUGCUCUAUGUUGAAAUUUUCACUGUAGUUAAAUGAGAAAUGAGACCUACAAGAGAUUUUUU